AUGUUACGUGCUUCGAGUGUGAAGCAGUCCGUCAUCUUCAUGAUCCGCAAAUUCAACAAUGUGCACACAUGUUCCAUAGAUUAUCAUCGUAAUGCACAUCGACAUGCCACUAGUUCCGUAAUUGCUGAGCAGAUUAUGGGGAAAUUGGAUUAUACGUACGGAUCGUAUGAUCCUACCGCUAUUGCUCGCGACAUGGAACGUGAGUUUGGUGUGAAAAUUAGUCACCAUCAAGCCCGAGAGAGUAACCCGGGGACAGUAACGCACAUCGAAGUAGAUUCUCGUAACAGGUUUCACUACCUUUUCCUAGCGUUCGGUGCAAGCAUUCGGGGUUACUUGCAGUACAUGAGGCCCGUUAUUUGUGUUGACGGCAGUCAUUUGAAAGGUCCAUACAAAGGUACCCUUCUACUGGCAACUGCCCAAGACGCCAACAAACAGAUUUAUCCGAAAAAUAGUAUUAAAAAUGCCAUUGCUCACCUAUUUCCUUGGGCUCACCACGGGUGCUGUGUUUGGCAUAUGGAAAAGAAUUUAAUCCAGCGGUUUUCCAUUUUGGUCACGUGCACUAUUUGUUGGCCAACGGUACAACAUUUUGACGAACAACAACGCAGAAUCUUUGAACUCAAUGUUGAGACAUGCCCGUUCAUUACCGAUCACGUGCUUAGUGGAACACAUUUGGCAUACUAUGCGAAGUGGUUUUAUGAACAUCGAGCAAGUGCAACUGCAUGCAGUACCAUUCUGUCACCAACGAUGGAGAAUGAGUUACGGACGACGUUCGAAGCAGGUACUAGGCUGCGAGCGCAUGGGUUGACAAAUAACUUAACACAAGUUGGAAUAUCCAACGACACGGACAUCGUAGACUUCUCCAAAAAGACGUGCACUUGUCGUGAGUUCCAGCUGAAUCGUAUGCCGUGCAUUCAUGCAACCCGUGCUGCUUGCUUGAGAGGUACGUCAUUGUACGAUCUCUGCUCAUCGUAUUACACAUCCGAGUACUGGAAGGGUGCCUACGGAGAAGCUAUAUAUCCUAUUCAGCGUGAAGUGGGCUGGAAUGUUUUACUCGAAAUUACAGGUACUCCUAUUAUGCCCCCUAGUGUGCGUCGUCCUCCAAGUAGACCACCCACACGACGUAAGCGAUCCAGACACGAGUACACCACACGGCUCAGGAAAUGCACUCGCUGCGGUGGACUUGGUCAUAACCGGACCACAUGUUCGAACCACACUGUACCAUGUCUGAUGUAA